CAGAUGAGAAAAUAAACAUUUUGCUGUAUCUGCAAAGAUUAAAGAACAAAGCAAGAAAUCUCUGUGACAGAUGGUCAUCUGAAGGAUUGAUGGCUCUACUUCUUGAAAAGGAAGAGGAACAUAAUUUCAGCAUAACAUAUCAUUUGACAUUUUGGGACAUCUUUAGAGUACUGGAGGAAAAAUAUAAAACUCUUCUACAAAAACUUUGCAUGGAGAUGCUGAAAGAACAUUAUGGUUCUUCUAUGUGGGAUUCCAUGUCUGUUGUUCAACAAGAGGAGAAACUGGAGGAACUGUACGUUUUAGCAGAAGAUGCACUUGAAAAUAAUGACUUCCUGUCCAUGUCCAAUCUGCCAGGAGCCUUCAAACAUUACAGAAGUGCAAAUGGUUUGAUGCUGAGGAAUUGCCUGGAAGAGAACAUUUCUGACAGCGGACUGGAAUGGACAGCAGUGUAUAACCUAUGGGAGCUUUACAAAAACUACAAAUUGGAGAAGACUUACACACUGAAAAAGAUAAUACACAGCAACAAAAGUGACCUUCAGGAGCCAGAGAGUAUGGUGUUUUCCCUUUACAUGAACGCAAUUUAUAUGAAGGUGAAAAGAGAGAGACAUUUCCUGCCUGCGUUCUUAGUUGCAUAUCCAUGUUUGGAAAAAUGGUCUGAUGUCAUAUCACCAGAUCAGGAACAACUAGCAAGGUGGUGGAUUGAGAAAGGCAUACAAUCAGAUGGUGUAAAACAGUUUAAAAAACUGGAAGGACAUACAAAACAGGAGACAGCAGUGGAAUGCCUACUGCUUAGACAGGAAUGGGAGAGGUGUUAUUUCAUUAGACUACUGCACAACCUCUCCUUGGAAGACUUCAAUGAAAAUCAGGAGAUCUCACCCAGUCUGAAUGCUGACCUCUCAUCUUUCUCAGAUGACCUUUUGGAAUUGACAAGUGUAUUGAGAGUAGCAACUGCCCGAAAACUGUGGCAAGUCAAAUCCUCUUUUCAGCUAAAAGUUACAUGGGGAGACUGUGCUGUGUGCCUUUUGACUGAACUUAUACAACAUCAGGAGAGAGAGCUAAGGAGUGCUGUGAUGAUUUUGGUUAGUAAGAAUGAAGAGAACUGCUUUGUCCUUCAAGACCAAUAUGAAAGUGAGCUAAAGGAAAAACGAUCAGACCACUUAAUUUGGUUACUUUUUUCUCAUCAAAUGAAACACGCCUUAGUCAUCCAAACAACUGAUAAUGCACAGGCCCAUGAAGAAUGCUUUACUGAAGAAGAUGCAAAUGUGAAAACUGGUAACAAGCCUGAAGUUCACUCAGAGAUUUCAGCAGUGGAAGAAGGAACCCAUCAAAUAAUUUUGACCCAACAAGAAGAAAACGAGAUCUGCUCUGCAUGUGGAAAUGCCCUUACUGCUAAUGAAAUACCCUACUUGGAAGUCAUGGGCGCUGAAGAUAUGACUGAGGAAUACAGUAAAUUAGAUGAAAUUUGUGUGGAAGGAAAUAUAAGUGGACACAUCCCAAACUAUGAAAAACAAGGUUCCCUCAUUGCAUCUGCAUGGAGCAAAGAUACAGAAGAUAUCAGACAUGGUGAUUACACUGACACAAAACUUAGUGAUCAUUUUCAGACUUAA